AAAAUACGUUCUUUUUGGUCACACAUGUUCGAAGAAAUUCCCGGAAUAUGCUAAAUUUUCCUGUUCCGGUUUUCUAUUUUACUUUCCUAUUGGUCUUUUCCUGUUGUUUUGAAAAUGGUUUGUGAAAAAUGUCAGAAGAAGCUGGGGAAAGUUAUCACUCCUGAUCCAUGGAAAUCAGGUGCCAGAAACACAACAGAAAGUGGAGGUAGAGUGGUUAAUGAAAACAAAGCCCUGACAUCAAAGAAAAACAGGUUUACUCCAUACCAGACAUUUGCAAAAUGCAGGAUCUGUAAGUCAUCUGUCCAUCAAGCUGGAUCACAUUACUGCCAAGGAUGUGCUUACAAGAAAGGUAUAUGUGCCAUGUGUGGGAAGAAGAUAAUAGAGACCAAGAACUACAGACAGACCUCAGUCUGAGAGAAUAGAACAGUGUGAACAGUGUUGUGUCAAAUCUUCAAAUGAAGGACAGAGAAGUUUUAGAAAU